AUGCAGAGUCGCUCGGAGAAAGCAGUUCCACUAGUUUCGCUCACUAACCCUGAUGCACGAGCUGCUCACUGCACGAUUACUUCCAUACAGAAACAUAAACCAGUAGUGUUCACAAUGUUAAGCGCCAUCAGGACUGACCUGCACUUAUUACUUGAGUGUCUGAAGUACCAGAUGAAAUGUCCAGCAUCGCAGAAGCAAGCUCUACUCACCAUCGUCUCAAUCUGCCAACAGAACGCAGGUCAGAAUGUGGAGUUCUUCAGGGAGAUUGGAGGUGUGAUGUUCAUUUAUAACCUGUCCAGAGCCAGUGAUUUCUGUGAGGUUAAAGAGACGGCUCUAUUCACACUCAGCUCUCUGGCUGAAGUUGAUGAGAGCUGUAAGCAGAUCCUGUGCAGAGAGGAGAUGUUCCGUGGCUUGGCAGACUGCAUGGAACAGGAAGUGUCCCUCACACUGAAGAGAGUGGCUGUGUACAUGCUUUCUGUAUUAGUUUCUAACAACAAACAGGGACAGAGCCUUGCUAAGACUUCUAGGUGUAUUGAUAUCCUGCUCAACUUAUUCAGGAGUACUUAUCCCAUGGCUGAAGAAACUAAUGAGCUACUGCAGCUGUGGACAUCAGUGUCCAGUGCUCUCUGUGGCUGUGUCAACAACCCCCAAAAUGAGGAGAACCAGCAUGCGUGCAUGUGUGUGUUGCCUCUUGUCAAAUUUUGGCUGCAGCAGGUAUCUGUAUUCAGGGCAGAGCUGGCUCAACCUGUCUGCUCUUUCAUCGGCAUGACUGUGGCAAAUAACUCAUGUGUUCAGGAGUAUUUUGCAUCAGUUGGAGGACUGCUCACACUCUCAGAAACUUUGUCCCAUGCAGUUAUUCAGUGCAGAGAGAAUCCUGCAGCCUGUAAGCUCGCUACCAUGAUUACUAGAACACUGUCUGCCUGCAUCACUGACAAUGAGGCUUUAGCACCGGUUCUGUCUGAACUGACAUUGGUUCCAGACCUCCUGCUGUUGCUGUCCAGCCCAAACCUCAGUUCACGAGACCAGCUUGCUGUGGUUUUGACACUGGGGCACUGUACCGAUGCAUGUGUGGAGCAUCAGUCUCAGUUGUUGCAGGGUGGAGGACUGCCUCUGAUGAUCUCUCUCUUGACUGAUGCGAAUGAUGAGGAAGUCAGAAAGGCAGCUACCUUUGUACUGCAAACAUGUAAAAAACUCACUGGAUCUAUAGCAGGUCAGAGUGUAGAGUCUGAUCUACAGAGACACCGUCAGUCAGCCUGGGAAAUCUGGCAAAGAAUUGAGCAGCUAGAAAGACGACAGCUGGAUGAUUUGGGAAAGGGUGUAGAAAAUUCUUCAGGUCAGCCCACGGAAUACAGAGAGGAACUGUGGGAAGACUUGGCGAUGCUAAAGGCCAGAGGUCAAAACCGAGUGUAUGAGGAGGAGUUGGAGAGAGAGGACAUUCCACAGAACUUCACACCACCUACACAACCUCCACCUCAGCCGGUCACAGUGCAGGGAAUGAGAAACCAACAGCCAAUGCACGUUCGGAGAAAGAUUGUUAAAGACUUUCCUUUCCAAAAUGGAAAAGAAGCACAACAGCGACUAGCAGAGAAUGUGAUAGGAAGUAGUGUAGCAGAAGAGAGUGAGCAGCAGAUGAGAAGAGAGAGUGGGAUGAAAAACAGAGGGAUGAAUGAAACAGAGAGAGGUGACACAAAUAUAAGUAUCCUCAACAGAGACAGAAGCACAGAUGACCUGGGAAAUGAAAACCCUGGCAGUGCCACACACAACAAACUACUAGCAAAUGACCAACAUGCACACAGCCCAGAUAUUUUCAAACAUCCUGCUCCCAUGAAGAGAUGCCAGCAGACUCUGUUUUGCUCUGAGGAUGAGCUGUCUGUGUGCUCUGAGCUCUUGGAUAGUGAGAUUGAGAGGAUUCUCAUCACUCCAGCUGCCCCUAAGCCCAGCAAGCUACGCUGUGCAGGGUGUGUGAACGGGGUGGAUGAGGUGAACAGCAAGACAGUGGGUGUGGUUCUGCGCAGCUGUAAGAGUCUGUGUGAGUUCCAUGUGGCGCUGCAGAGAGCUGAGGAUCGUCUGAAGAGAAGCCUGCGUAUCAAUGGGGUCACACACACACAUGUUCACGAUCACAUACGUGACUGUGGGGUCAGAGACGUGUGUUCUUCAGAAAUGGUCUCUAAACACACAAUGAAAGAACGUGAUGGUCACGCAAACCAACCAAAUUGCAGAGAUGCUAUGAGGAUGAUCAGUCUCACUCCACUGAAGAGAUCGGGUGAAGCACAGGGAAAGUUAAGCUCAGAUGUGGAAAACAGACAUGGGUCCAGUCUCCAAAAACCAGGUAGUGAUGGAAAGCAGAGUUCUUCAGAUAGGCACAGAGACAGGAAGGACUAUUCGGAAGAUGAGCUAAAGUACCUCAGUGAGGGCACGAGACGUUUUGGUCAUUCUUGGAACACUAUACUGUGGGCGUAUCCCUUCCAGCAGGGACGCACAAACAUAGACCUGGCCAAGAAAUACAGAAAGCUACAGCAGGGCUCAGUGCUGUCCCAAGACCUCAUAGCACAGGAAUCUGCUGAACAAAGAGUUCAAGAGUAA